AUGUCAAUAAAAAGUGGUUGUUAGGAUGCGCAAAUCCGGUCUAACAAAUUUUCAUUUAUUACCGUUUAUAGACACACGAAAUCAACUAAUCCCUCCGAUUACAACUUUCUGCUCAUUUUUUCCCUCAACUUCCUCAACAAAUCGACCAUGUUUCGGAGGUCUGUUUUGGGGAUAAAGCAAAUUAGCAGGAUUCCGACACGAGCUCAAACGCAGAUACCCUCCUAUCUUUUUGCGAGGAAAGAUUUCUCAGCUGCAUCUAAGAAUAAUGCCUCUGGAGAAUCUGGUGCUCCAAGUGAUCCAUCUGGGUCAGGAAGCAAUAUGUCAAAAGCUGUCAUCGGAAGCCUUGCACUUGGUUUUGCUGGUAUAGCAGCUUACCAGACUGGUUACUUGGAUAGGUUUCUUGUCAACGAGCAGCAUAACACUUAUGAUGACAAAUCUGGCAGCGGUGAUCAACAUCGUCAAGUUUCAACUGAACAAGGCCAAAACACGGAGACUGCUGAAUCCUUGAAAGAUACCAUUGACGUUAAUACCUCGAGCAAAAGUAAGGAUUCCAGUAACUCGCAAGCAGCACUGCCACCAGGAUCAUCUCAGCCCGAUGUUUCUCCAAUUUCUGAUUAUAAGUUGGCUAGCUCUGCUCAAAGCAGUGAGGCAACUGAUCCUGGAAGUACCAACAAUGUGACUCAAGAUGAAAAGAAUCACCACUCAAAGAGUCCAGAUGUGAAUCCUGGUGAACAGCAUGAGCCGGUUGAUACAACUGUUGUAGUCACUCAUGCUAAUGAAGUUCCUAAAGAAGUCGAGCUGAACAAGCCAACCCAGCAGACCCAUAUAACUGCAUUAGAGGAUAAUAAAGGUAACAGUAAGGAACAAUCGAUUGCCCUCCUAAACGAAUAUCAUUUGUUAGACAAGACUGAAGAAACCUCUGCUACCUCACAUACUGAGCUUAAGGAUUUGGAUGGGGAAGUUAAAGAUUCAGCUGAUGUUCACGUAACCAAGGAUGGCCAGUUGAUCCUCGAUUUCUUACAAGCUAUUCAUGCAGCUGAGAAGAGACAAGCUGCAUUAGAUGCUCAAAAGUUUGGUGAAGAAAAGAGGAUAAUGAAGGAAAAGUAUGAGAAGGAGCUUAGGGAUGCAAUUGCUAGGGAACUAAUGUAUGCUGAAAGAGAAGCAAUAUUGGACAAGGAAUUGAAUAAAGAAAAAGUUAAAGCAGCUGCUGCUCUCAAAUCCCUUGAAGAAAAGUUAGAAGAACAACUUAAAAAGGAGCUUGAACAAAAGGAAGCUGAAGCAGCUCUAGAAUUGAAGAAAUUUGAAGAGUUAGGAAAAGCAGAAUUGGCUUCAGCAAUUGCAAGUGAGAAGGCAUCUCAGAUUGAGAAAAUGGCAGAAGCAGAUCUCAAUAUCAGUGCCCUGUGCACGGCUUUCUAUGCAAGAUCUGAAGAGGCCCGUCAAAGUCAUUCUAUUUAUAAGCUGACUGUGGGUACUCUGGCUAUACAAGAUGCACUUUCUAAAGGACUACCUAUUCAGAACGAGAUAAAUGCUCUGCACACUUACCUUGAAGGCAUUGAAAAAGACUCGCUUUUAGAUGUGGUUUUAUCAUCCUUUCCUGAAGAAACUAGGACCGGUGGAACAGAUACUCUAUUGCAACUGAAUCAAAAGUUUGAUGCAUUGAAAGGAACACUUCGUCACUUUAGCCUGAUUCCACCAGGUGGUGGCGGCAUUUUGGUGCAUUCUCUUGCUAGUGUUGCUUCCUUGCUGAAGGUUAAGGAGGCUGACCGAUCAGGUGAUGGUAUUGAAUCUUUAAUUAACAGAGUUGAGAGUUUCCUAGCUGACGGGAAACUCUUGGAAGCAGCUGAUACUCUAGAGGAUGGCCUUAAAGGUAGUGAAGCAUCAGGAGUAGUUGCUGAUUGGGUUCAAAAAGCAAGAAACAGAGCAAUCACAGAGCAGUCAUUAACUUUUUUGCACUCUUAUGCUACUGCAGCCAGCCUCAGUUAAAUCCAAUUAUGUAGUCUAUGGCCCUAACUUGGGAUAAUAAUGAGAAUACACUUUGCGCGGCAUGUCCAAAUCAAUUCAUUUGUAAGUUGAUUGCACUCAUUUCUCAAAGUGGGUAGUUUUGUAUGAUCAAUAUAUGAAAGUUACAUCCCAGAAAACUAUUGCUUCCAGCUCCGUCAUCCUAAAGAGCUGGAUCGUCACACUCGAAUCUCCAGCAUACACGGUCAUGCUUGGUUGAGUGGUAUGGUAUAGGAUCCGAAUGCUAGGUGAAGGAAAUUGCAGCUACAAGGGAAAAGCUUUCUUUUGGCUUCACCUCUGUCUCUUACAACGAUUUCACAAUCUAUUCUUGUAAACUGUCUGUACUCCAUUCACUCGGCAACUUGAACUUUAAAAACAGUACCAAGUAAAGACAACACUGCAUUAUAUUAAUAUACAAAAGUGUUGGCAAGAAGGAACAUGCAAUACUCGACUAAAAAAACAAUUUCUACAGGCACUAUUGAAAGGCUUAUUAGGUGUAUCUUACUGGAUAUUUGUAUU